AUGGCGUUUUACACGGUCCGUGUGGGCACCCUUCUCCUCGCCAUGACGUUGGCGGCGGUGGUCGCGUCGGCUCCCGACGGGGUGCUGAACCUCUUCCGGACGAACGUCGAAGAGCUCCGACACGUCCCGAUGAAGUACGACUCUGACGACACGGCCGUCCCGAAAUGGCUGGAGGGAACACUGGUUCGUAAUGCUCCUGCAAUGUUCGAGCUUGGUGGCCGUUCGGUCAUCCAUGUCUUCGAUGGUUUCGCCAAGAUGCACAGCAUAGCGAUUGGGCAGGAAGGCUUAAACUUCUCAUCGGCUUUCCUACAAUCUAGCGUCUACACCAGGUCUAAGAAGGCCGGUCGCUACGCCCCGGCACUCACGUUCCUCGGGGUGGACCCUUCCUUCAGCGAACUGGAGAAGAUAGAAGCUCUGACGUACAAGUUCGACAACACGGAUGUCAACGUGUGGAAGUUCGGACACGGGAAGAACAGCGUCUAUGCCGGACUCACCGAUGACUGGGUCUACGAUAAGUUUGACCUGGAAACUCUUGCCACCACAGGAGUUUCCAUUCCUCCGAUUCCAGGGGUCACUUUUCUGACCCAUUUUGUCCAAUCAUGUGCCCACCCACUUAUAGAACCGGGUACAAAUAACAGCAUCAAUUAUGUACUGGAGCUGGGCUUGCUACCAGUCGUUAACGUUGAGAAAAUGGUUACAACAGUGGAGGUGGCUGAAUCAAUGCAGUGGUUCCCUGAUGAAAAAACAACAAUAGUAGUGGCCAACAUCAAAACUGGGAAGGUAGAAUAUCUUCAACAUGACGCCCUUUUUGUUACCCAUCAUGCAAAUGCCUACGAGACACAAGACGGGAAGAUAAUUGUCGACAUAUGUGCCUCAGAGAUGGGUGUAUCUAUUCUAACACAGUACCAAAUUCCCAUGUUGCGAAAUCUGUCUGGCCUCCACCAAAGUGUGGCCCAAACUAGAGUUUAUCGGUACACCAUUGAUCUAGCAAAUAAGUCGGUAGAGGCUAAACCAUUUCGCAGCAAAGACCCCAUGCAGGACUUCCUGCACCAAAUCGAAGUCCCGAUUAUUAACGAAAAUUACCGAGCCAGACACUACUGUUACCUGUACGGCGUUGUUCUCGACUUUUCUCCGUCCAACCCUGUCAAUGGCUCACUGGCUCUAGUAAAAAAGAACCUUUGCACCCCCGGGAAAGAUCAAGUUUGGUACCACCCGAACCACUACGCCAGUGAGCCCAGCUUCAUUCCCAAUCCGGACGGUACAGACGAAGAUGACGGUGUUAUCUUGUCCUCAGUUUUCGACGCCAUGCUUGAGAAAAAUUAUCUUCUCAUCCUCGAUAGUAAAACUAUGAAGAAAAUCAACACCGCAUAUAUGCCGACUUACAUUCCGUUUGGCUUUCACGGCAGAUUCUUUCCCCGACAGUAG